UCAGCCACUGCACCUGUAAGAUGCUCUCCCUGGAUCCGCUGGGUCCCGAAUGGGACUGCCCCCUGGGCUCCAAGGACCUGGAGGAAGAGGAGGGCCCAUGGGGAGGAGGCUCUGGCCUGCCGCCCCCAGACUGCUUCCCCGGCUCCUGGCGCCACGACGUGGGCCUGGACUGCAAGGGCUCCCUCGAGGGGGCGGAGGCCCGGGCCUGGACCGUCUACUACUAUAGCCUCCUGCAGAGCUGUCUGCAGCAAGCUGGCCUUCCGGAGACCCAGGACCGCAGCCAGGUGCCCCGCACAGGCUGCCCUGGUGCGGAGGUGACCUUAUGCGUUCUGGGAUCCCCCAGCACCUUUCUGUCUGUGCUGCUGGAGGGUGGGGUCCAGAGCCCGGGAAACAUGCUCCUCUGCCUGUCCCCUACUUGGCUGACAAAGGUGCCAGCACCUGGGCAGCCGGGCGAGGCGGUCCUGCUGGUCUCCAAGGCUGUGAGCUUCCACCCAGGGGGCCUGACAUUCCUAGAUGACUUUGUCCCCCCACGCCGAGCCACCUACUUCCUGGCGGGCCUGGGGCUGGGACCUGGCCGGGGUCGAGAGGCAGCUGAACUUGCCCGUGACCUGACCUGCCCCACCGGAGCCUCGGCUGAGCUGGCCCGGCUGCUGGAGGACAGGCUGCUGACAAGACGACUGCUGGCUCAGCACGGUGGUGCGGCUGUGCCGGCUACCCUGGCUUUCACCUAUAAGCCCCCGGCACUGCUGCGGGGAGGGGAGGCCAGCCCGGGCCUACGGCUGGUAGAGCUGAGUGGCAAAGAGGACCAGCAGACACUGGUGAAGGAGGAAGUAGGGGCCUUUCUGCACUCCGGGGCCCUGGCUGAUGCCCUGCAGGUGGCCGUGAAGCUCAGUGGCUGGCGCUGGCGGGGGCGGCAGGCAAUGCGUGUGUACCCUCGAGUGGAGCUGGGCACAGUGGUGGACACGGUGCUGGCGCUGCUGGAGAAACUGGAGGAGGAGGAGAGUGUCCUGGUGGAGGCUGUGUGCCCACCUGCCCGGCUACCCUUCCCAGGCAGUGCCCCACCUGGCCCCGAGCUGGCUGUGCGGAUCUGUGCCGUGGUAUGUCGGACACAGGGUGACAGGCCCCUGCUGAGCAAGGUGGUGUGCAGCGUGGGCCGUGAGGACCGGCCUCUGCGGCACCAGAGCUCCUUGCCACAGACGCUGGAGGUGGCACUGGCCCGGUGCGGCCUGGGUGAGACGGGACAGGUGGCGGUCGUGCGACGGCGCGUCAAGGCGGCGGCCGAGGCCGCGCUGGCCGCCGUGCUGGCCCUGGAGGCCGGCCUGAGCGCUGAGCAGCGCGGCGGGCGCCGGGCCCGCACGGACUUCCUCGGCGUGGACUUCGCGCUGACGGUGGAAGGCCGCGCGCUGACCCCCGUGGCUCUGGAGCUGAACAGCGGCCUGUGUCUGGAGGCGUGCGGCGCGCUCGAGGGGCUGUGGGCCGCGCAGCGCCCGCGGUCGGCGGCCGAGGACGCGGCGGCCGCGCCGCUCGUGGAGACCAUGCUGCGGCGGUCCGCGCACUGCCUCAUGGAGGGCAAGCAGCUGCUGCUGAUCGGCGCCGGCGGCGUCAGCAAGAAGUUCGUAUGGGAGGCGGCGCGCGACUACGGGCUUAAGCUGCACCUGGUGGAGUCGGACCCCAACCACUUUGCGUCCCAACUGGUGCAGACUUUCAUCCACUUUGAUGUGACAGAGCACCGGCGGGAUGAAGAGAAUGCACGGCUGCUGGCAGAACUGGUGCGGGCCCGUGGCCUGCAGCUGGAUGGCUGCUUCUCCUACUGGGAUGACUGCCUAGUGCUCACGGCCUUGCUCUGCCGGGAGCUGGGGCUGCCCUGCAGCCCCCCAGCUGCCAUGCGCUUGGCCAAGCAGAAGAGCUGCACCCAGCUGCACCUGUUGCGCUGCCAUGGCCCACCCUGGCCUGCGCCCUCCCUCCACGCUGUGCCCUGCUGCCCGCUGGAGACUGAGGCUGAUGUGGAGAAGGCCGUCCACCAGGUGCCCCUGCCAGGUGUCAUGAAGCUGGAGUUCGGGGCAGGCGCAGUGGGUGUGCGGCUGGUGGAGGACGCGCCACAGUGCCACGAACACUUUUCCCGGAUCGCCCGCGACCUGCAGGGGGAGGCCGACCACCCCGGCAUUGGGCUGGGCUGGGGCCACGCCAUGCUGCUGAUGGAGUUCAUUGAGGGCACCGAGCACGAUGUGGACCUGGUGUUGUUUGGUGGGCGACUGCUGGCCGCCUUCGUGAGCGACAACGGCCCCACGAGGCUGCCCGGCUUCACGGAGACGGCAGCCUGCAUGCCCACCGGGCUGGCACCUGAGCAGGAGGCCCAGCUGGUGCAGGCAGCCUUCCGCUGUUGCCUGGGCUGUGGGCUGCUGGACGGGGUGUUCAACGUGGAGCUCAAGCUGACCGGGGCUGGGCCGAAGCUCAUCGAGAUCAACCCUCGCAUGGGCGGCUUCUACCUGAGAGACUGGAUCCUGGAACUCUACGGUGUGGACCUGCUGCUGACAGCGGCUAUGGUGGCCUGCGGCCUGCGGCCUGCCCUGCCCGCCCGCCCUCGUGCCCGUGGCCACCUGGUGGGGGUCAUGUGCCUGGUGUCCCAGCACUUGCAGGUGCUGAGUUCCACCGCCAGCCGUGAGACCCUUCAGGCUCUUCAUGACCAGGGCCUGCUGCGCCUCAAUUGGCUGGAGGAGGUCCUGGUGCCGGGCGAAUACGAGGAGCCCUACUGCAGCGUGGCCUGUGCUGGGUCCAGCCUGGCUGAGGCUCGCCUCCGCCUGCUGGGCCUCUGCCAGGGUCUGGGCAUCGAUGGGCCCCACUACCCUGUUGCCCACUUCCUGUCCCACUUCAAAUAGUGCCUCUCUUCCUGGACCCCUGCCCCAACCCUGGCCUGGCCCCCCCCAAGGCCUCAGGUCUGUUCCAGAAUAACAGGGCCAUUUGACACGAAGGCCUCCUGAGCUUGAGGACCACAAAAAAAGUAUCUGGGGCGGGGGGGCUACUGGCCCCUCUUGCUGUCAGUCCGGCACUAAAGGCCCCAGUCCUGCCCCACGAGUCUAGCCAUGGAGAAACAGCAACAGCUGCGUGCAUACACGCAAGCACACGUACAUGCACGCGGGCGCACACACACACACUGCAGGGAGGCGGGAGUGGGCCCAAACUUAGCCCCUCCUUGUCAUCCCUCCAGGUCUGUCUCUGCUCCUGCAGCCUACAGGAAGAGAGAAGCUGGCUGGCCCCUGGCCUUGGACAAAUCCCUGAAAAAGCCUGAGACGAAACGCCCUGUCUUCUUACUCUUAACCCUCAUUUAGCAAAUUCCAGGAUAUUUCUAGAGUCCGCUGACAACUUUUGGCAGUGCCCUGCUUGCCUCAUUUGGCCUGAGCAGUAGAAGCAGGUGCCCUGGGCUCAGCAGGAACCAUCUCCUCUCCAGGCAGACACUAUUGCCCCAUUCUACAGAUGAGGAAAACAGGCUCAGAGAGGAACAACCAUAACCUCAAGGUCACACCACAGUAGCUGGGGGGGGGGGGUCAAGGGACGAGAUACAGGGUCCAGGUUUCCACUUUUACUAAGUCUUACGUGCCCGCUCUAAACCGCACUCACCUCCCUGCCAUCAUUCAUAUGUGGCCUUAAGACGAGUGAACGCCCCCUCCCAUGCAGCACACAUCUUCUCCACCAAACUUUGGUGGUUUGGCCUCUGGCAUAACUAACCGGCAUUGGCAGAGGAGAGUCUACACUCCCUUCCCGAUUCAGGGGAGUCUGCUUCGAUAACUCUGCCCCCUGUGCAGCGCAGGAGCUGGGGCUCGCUCCACAAGCAUCCCUCUCCAAAUAAAGGCUUAUGAACUAAUGAA